AGCUUUUCAGGAAGAAUAACCCAUUUCUCAUUUUCCUGUGAUUCCAAAAGAGAGAUUGGACAGUCAGACAGACUCGGUGAGUACGACCGCACAAAAAAAGAGCACAAAACGUUGCCUCCGAUCGAACCGAGAUCUUUUGUCUCUUCUUCAUUCCAACGACGACGAACAACGAACGAGAACGAGGGUUGAAUGAUGGUUCUGUACGUUAUGGUACAGGCAAGAGUACCUGGUACUGUACGGAACCCAACGAGUACGGUACGCGUGCGACGAGUUCGGUGCAACUCAUUCUUUCCACAGACUUUCAAUCAUUUUCGUUCCGAAAGAACAGGAGAAGAAAGCCUACGCAUACAGCCUUUUUUUCAAUCAAGAAACAUACAAUGAAGUUUACACGAAGCGCCAUCUGCACUGCGUUUGGAUUGGUAGUUGCUACAACGCUAUCAGCAACACCCAACGUUGACGCAUUUUCGCCGAUUCCAACAAGUUCUACCAGCAAUAGGCAGAAAGUUGGAACCACUUCCGCAGCAUUUACUCCUAGGUCAAUCCAAAGCAUGGCGUCGUCGUCCUCUACGUCUUUAAAUUCCUACACCAUUGGAAUCGUCGGUGCAACGGGCGCUGUAGGGAAAGAAAUCCGAAAUUGUCUAGAAGAUCGUGGUGUGGUAAAGGUUGACAAGCUUCGUUUUUUUGGUUCUGAAAGGUCCGCAGGUAAAAAAGUCUCCACCAAGAAUAGCGGCGAGGUUGAAAUCGAGUUAUUCAGCGUCGAUGCUGCACGCGAAUGCGAUGUUGUGUUUUUGGCCGUCGACGGUGACUUUGCCUUGGCCCACGCGAAAGCCAUCAGCGAAGGCGACGACGGUGCUGUCGUGAUUGACAACUCGGUGAGUCUCGGAAACUCUUGUUUCGUGCUAGGUUAUGAUUAUUCUCUCUUGCGUUUUCAUCACAGGUUCUGGAACUUGUCAACUUAAGUCCAACCGUGGCUUGAAAAAUUAUCGUGCUUUGUGUAUCAUGUACCAAAUGAUAUAUAAUAGGCAACAAACAAAACCAUUGUCUCGUCUAAUUGAGUUUUCAUCUUUUCCUUGAACGAAUCACGCAAACUUGCAAACGUUGGUGCUGAUUUGAAUCGAUCCAGUCUGCCUUCAGAUAUGAACCUGAAAUUCCACUUGUAGUUCCCGAAAUCAACGGAGAAUGCACGAAAAAAUCGAAGCUAAUUGCUAAUCCGAACUGCACCACAGCCAUUGGUUUGAUGGCCUUGUGGCCUUUGAUCAAGCAAUUUGGUGUUAAGAAAGUUUUGAUGUCCACUUAUCAAGCUAGUAGUGGCGCGGGUCAACCAGGAAUGGACGAAUUGACCGAAGGAACCAAGCAAUAUCUAGAAGGUGACAUGAAAUCUCACGACGAGAUCGAGAACAAAAUCUUCGCAUACCCUCUUCCCUUUAAUGUAAUUCCCCAGAUUGAUAAAUUUCAAGAAAAUGGAUACACUAAGGAAGAAAUGAAAGUGACGUGGGAAACACGAAAGAUCUGUGACCUUGGCGAUGACGUUCCCAUUAGUUGUUCUGCCGUACGAAUCCCAACCAUCAGAGCUCACUCCGAAGUCAUUGUUUUGGAAACGGAAGACAAGGUUGAUCUUGAGGUAGCGCGUAAGGUUUUAGAAGACGCCCCUGGUGUCGUUGUCAAAGACGAUCCAGAAACACUAACAUACCCUAUGCCUUUGACUGCGACUGGUUCUUAUGACGUCGAAGUUGGAAGAAUCCGCCAAUCACUCGCGUUCGGUGACUACGGAAUCGAAUUUUUUGUUUGCGGCGAUCAACUCCUGAGAGGUGCGGCUUUGAAUGCCGUACUUGUAGCGGAAGAAAUGGACAAAAAUGGUGCCCUUGCGUAAACCAAUAUCACGAUUAGGCCGACAGGAAGCAAUUUCUAUCACAUGUCAUAUCGUACUCAAUGAAGCCUUUUUGAGAGAACUGCAGCGAGCGACAUAUCAACUAAUACUGCUCAUAGAUAGGGUACUACACUUUUCACUCAUUCACUCAACUCAUGAUAUAUUAGUACUUUAUCUAAUUGUUCGUAAUGAAGUCCAGGAAACGGGCCCGAAUAAUUUCAAUAGGAAAGA